GUUGAUGCUGAGGAACAGCCGAUCUGGCGGAGGAGGCAAGUGCACUCAUUUAGACAUUCACCACAAUACCAAUAUGAGCGAACAUGAACGCGGUCCGAAAGGAGGACAGCCAAACUCUAACACCAGCGAUGAAAACAACAGGGUAGCUGUCAAGGAUUUAUAUGACGAUGGGAAAGCAACCAGGAAGCCCCGUCCGCCCAAACCAAGCAACGCUGUAACGAUCGCGGUGUCGUCGCGUACUCUGUUUAACAUGGGGAAGGAAAGGAAGGUGUUUGAAGAGGAGGGGCUGGAGAGGUAUGUUACCUAUCAGCUGGAGCUCGAGGACCAGCCUUUUAUCCCAGGGGUCGCAUUCCCCUUUGUCAAGGCACUGAUGAAUGUAAAUGCCCGCUUGCGGGAACUGUACCCAGACAGUGAGGAACUGUUUGAUAUUGUGCUGAUGACUAAUAACCAUGCCCAGGUCGGAGUUCGCCUCAUCAACAGCAUCAAUUACUAUGAUCUAACUAUUGAGAGGUUUUGCAUGACGGGUGGGGAAAGUCCGAUUGGUUACCUAAAGGCCUACAUGACCAACCUCUACCUAUCUAAAGAUUCCAAGAAGGUGCAAGAAGCUAUCGAAGAAGGAAUAGCAGCUGCUACGAUGUUUGCAUGUGACAAUGAGAAUCAGCUCAGUGACACGCAGUUACGCGUAGCCUUUGACGGAGAUGCUGUUCUGUUUUCCGACGAAUCAGAAAUUAUCGUAAAGGAACAUGGGUUGGACACCUUUUUUAUGCACGAAAAAGAGUUUGAGAACAAGCCUCUUGCCCAGGGUCCCCUGAAAUGCUUCCUGGAGGCACUGGGUAAACUCCAGCGCAAAUUUUAUGCGAAAAACCAACGCAUUAACUGCCCAAUCCGCACUUACCUGGUCACAGCUCGAAGCGCUGCCAGUGCUGGAGCCCGUGUCCUGAAGACCCUGCGGAGCUGGGGGUUGGAGAUAGAUGAGGCCCUCUUUCUGGCUGGGGCUCCUAAGGGACCUCUCCUACUAAAGAUCAGGCCUCACAUCUUCUUUGAUGAUCAGAUGUUUCAUAUUGAGGGAGCCCAGGAGCUGGGGACUAUCGCCGCCCAUGUGCCUUAUGGGAUUGGACAAAAGUACCAUAAAGGGCAACGCAUAGACACAAGCAAUGCAGAAAAUAAGGAAAAAAAUUGAUGAUUAUCAAAAGCAAAUUCCAUAUCUAAUCUCUUUACAUACGUAAACAUCUAGGGGUGGUUUCCUGGACAACAAUUAGCUUAAACCAGAACUAGGCCUUAGUUUAAUUAGGAAAUGUAACUAGUUUUAACAAAUAUGCCUUACUAAAAACAUUUCUGGAAUGCGUUUCGAGGCAAAGCAAAGGGCACUGAUGUAUUUUAAGAUAUGUCAGUGCAAGUUGUUUUCACCUCUUACAUUUAUUUUAGUGUAGGACUAGUCUAAUCCCUGUCCGGGAAACCGCCCCUACAGUAUGUCAGUGUCAUAUCUCAUCUUUAAAAUACCUCUACUAUAAAUGUUUACUUCUAUUAAUAACAAACUGGGUCUGGAGCUCAAGUGAAGCAAGUGCAUGGAAUACCCUGCAAGUAUAUAUUUAUUUAUUUUGGUCCCUUUUAGGUGUGUUUUAAACCUUGAAUCUUACAGAUGCAUGUUUACUUAAGUUGGGUGUGUGUUGAUAAAUGUUUAAUAUAAAGUUUCCUUACUUUUUCUUUUAUUUACAUAAUUGGGUUACCCAGCAUUAUUAUGUACAGUACUUAUAGACGGUUUCAGCAACAACAUAAACACACAGCUUUUAUGAACUAAACGCAACUUUCAGUAGACUGCCAAUACGGCUUUUUAACAUGUUAAUCAAAGUUUGCUGUUUAAUAUCUAUUUCAUUAUAUUUAUGAUCUCAGGGAAUACGCACAAAAACAUUACGUGUUUUGUUUUAUUUAUAGUGUGAGAUUUUGCUGUUUAGUGCACCUUUUUUGUUCGCACUGUAGCUUGUUUACUGCUGUAUUUUGUAACCAAUAAGAGUUCCAGACUUAUUAUCCGCAAUAAUGAGCUAUACCCUGCCUAUAUAAAUGCUACAAUAGGAAACCACAUAGAAUGUAUUUUUACAAAUGUUAAAACCUCUUUGUUUUUCUCUUAAGGUGCAAUACAUUUUUCAGUAUAUUAAAAUUAGUUUUGUCCACACAAAUGUCAUGCUAUAAACACUGGAUUUAU